AUGUCAAAAAUCAACGACUCCGCAAUAAUCGACGAUCAAAUGAUCGAAACUCUCACCGAAUACGUCUCCUUCCACCGAAUGAACGUCUUCUUCGGCACAGUCUGCUUCUCCCUCAACAUCCUCCUAUUUGCAGUCUUCCUCUCCGCUCCAGCCCUUCGUCGAAAACAUCGCAACAAGAUUCUAAUGAUUUUGGGGCUCGCCGACACCUUCAACACACUCGCCAUCCUAUUUAUGGGCAAAAAUCGUGUUGAAUUGUAUACGGAUAUCAUUGAGAAUCGUGUGAUUUAUGUGAAGACAGCUUGGGAAUGUGCCAUUGAGCCGUGGUUGAUUCUACGAGGAAUCGGAGAUAUUUGGCCGCCUGUUGUUCAGAUGAUUAUUGGGAUUCAGAGGGCGCUGGCGGUUUUUACACCCAUUUGGUUUCAUAAACAUGGAAGAAAUCGGUCUGUUGUGAAACUUUUUCUGAAAGCUGAAAAAUUCAAAAUUUUCCAGCUCAACAUUCCUAUUCUUCUCCACACUUCUAAUAUUAUUCCCUGCUCAAAUAACCGGCUACGUUAUAGCCUAUCUCAAUCGCGAUGUAUAUGUAAGCUUUUAAGGUUUUUCAAAAGUCAAAACUUUUUCCCUCUACAGGUUCAAUAUUUCUGCGGGAGAAAGGAAGCUUUUGGUCGGGAUUACGCUUCAUUUAUCUACGGCAUUAAUUUAUUUGGAUAUCUCUUUAGUUUUGGUCUGAAUUGUAUAACAAUGAAGAAGGCAUCAUCAACGGUGAAUAAGUGAGUUAGGCUAACUAUCACUCUUGAUCUUUACAACCCUAAGUUCUAGGCUUGUUCAAAAACAAAUCUACAAUGUUCGAUAUAGCUUGGUCAUCUCAUUCAUCUCAUUUAUCCUUGUCUCAAUACCCAAUGCAAUUUCCUUAUUCUCGAUUCAUGUUUGGGAAGUGGAUAGUCUAAUCGCGAAACCUUCGACCUAUUUCACUUGCAUCAAUUCAGGCAUCAAUAUUUUCGUCUACCUCGCUUUGAAUACCGAAUUUCGAAAUCAGUUUCGAGUUAUGUUUUGUGUCAAGAAACGUGUUGGUACAUUUGGCGAAGCGGAAAAAUAUACAGUUAAAUCGAACGGUGAAAUUGAUGCUGUACAAUUUCACUCCACUGUUCGCUGA